ACGGUCACACCGGUUUUUCGGCCAAAAAAUAAAGAACAAUAAAAACGCUUGUUGGCCCGCUUGAGAAAAGGGAUCGCCAGCGACAGCGAAGAGAGCGAGUGCCGUGCUAACCGGUGACCUCUCGCCGAGCCCCGUGCCCUGUGACCCGCGAAAGUGCCCGCCCAGCGUCAGAUUGUCGCAGCCGCAGCAGCAGCAGAAUUGGGAGCAGCGUGUAAAAGUUGCGGAAUUAUCGUGGCACCGCGCGUGAAGAGAGGAGAGCGCCGGAGAGAGCGAGAGCGCGCAGCGAGAGAGGAGCGAGAUUGCCGCACGCAUAAAAUAUGAUCAAAUUGCAAAAUUGAUUUCAAUUGGCCACUCAACAAAGCAAACAGCAAUUUCAAUGUUUGGCGCCUGCUGCGACUCUUGAGACUCGUUUAAAUCCGCAACUAGAACCAAACCAGGAUCUGAGCCCAGUCCCGCUCUUUCGGCUUUCUGGCCAUGGCGCAGCAAACGCAGCCGCAGCAGCAGGCAGCGCCGUCCACGUCCGCGCCGGCCUCCACGGCGGCGGGGUCCUCUGGGGGAGCAGGAUCCUCCGGAGCAGCAGGCGGAGGUGCCGCCACGCCCAUCUCAACGCCGUCGACGCCUCAGCCGGCCGGCGUAGGCGGACCCAGCAACAAUAACAACAACUUGGUCUCGCCCUCCGGGAACAACAAUCUACUGACGCCCGUCCAGGCCUUCGCUCCGGCCGGACAGCCCGUGUACAAUCCACCCGUCUACAUGUCCGCCCACGGAGGGCACCCCCAUGCCGGAGCCCACUACCCGGCCAUGAUCCCCGCUCCGAUCCCCAGCAACAACGUCUACGUGAACAACGUCACUGCCAAUGUGAACCUGCAUGGCUGGCCGCACGGCGUUCCGACCUACAUGCAGGCUGGAGGCCAGCACCACUACAUUGGACACGGCGACAUGCCCCCGGAGCAGGGCAACACCGUGAUGCCGCAUCUGCAGCCCCUGCCCAUCAACUUGGCUCCCCAGGGCGGCUCUCCGAAUCCCCACACUCCCGGAAUGAGUGGUGGACGCACACGGGGCCGCGGUCGUGGACGUGGACCCGGUGGACCGCGACGCAACGACUACCAUGGGCCACGUCACCUCCAGCAGCAGCAGCAACUGAUCACCCUGCCGCCGCAGCAGCAACUGCCCCCGCCGGAUGGAGCCAAUCCCGGCCUGCAACUGCAGCCGGAUCAGAUGGGUCAGCAACUGCCGCCGCCGGAGGCGCACAUGCAGCAUCUGCCGCAGUACUACGCCGCUGGACCGCCCACCUACGCCUACGGGCCGUAUCCGCCCUACUUCGCGCCGCAGCAUACGAACAUGCAGCCGCCUCCGAACCCCACUGCUGCCCAGCAGGCCACCGGGACUCCGGUCUUCAUCUCCGCACCGGUCAUGUACAAUCCGGCGUGGUUCAACCCCGGCGGCUACAUCUACCCCAUGAUGCACCCGGCCGAGUACCAGUAUGUCCCAGAAGAUGCUGGCCAGCCGGGAGUGGAUGAUCGUGUCGCCCAGCCUGAUGGGGGCAUGACCCAGAUCUGGCAUACGGCGCCCAUGUACGCCGAGGACUUUGAAGUGCUGCAACAGCAGCAGCAGCAGCAACAACAGCAGCAACAGCAGCAGCCCCAACAGGUGGCCGUGCAUCCCAACGGAGGAGUCGUCAAUGUGGGCGAUGAGCUUAACCACAACAGCUCGUCUCUGCCCUCUUCGGAGACGUCGAGCAUGCUCAGUCCGAGCUACCCGAUCUACGAGAUGCAGCAGCAAAUGGGCGUGAUGCAGAUCUACGACGACGGACAGAUGGCCGCCCUGCAGCCAAUUCACCCAGGAGCAGGCCCAGUGCCCCAGUACGAGGACGAACUCGCCGAGUGCGGAGCUCCUCCGCCUGGCGCUAUUCCUGUGGCCUGGACUGCUGCCAUGCCUCUGCCGCCGGAUGGCGUACAGCCGGCCCUGCUGCCCCCGCCGCAUCACAUCUUGCAGCAAACGUCGCCCGUGCUAAUCGAGCAGCCGGCCCAGUUGGUUCAGGCCCAACCUCCUCAGCCGCCAACGCCCACUCCGCAACAGCCACAGCCGCAUCAGGAGCCCAUGGUUGACAAGAGUUUGACUAACAACAACAACGAGGUGGCCUUGGAUGAAAAGUUGGCCAACGAGAAGCAGCAGCAAAUUGAAUUGGAGUUCCGCCAGCAGCAGCAUCAGCAGCAGGAACUGCAGCAUCAACUGCAACAACAGCAGCAACAGGAGCCACAUCAGCAGCAGCAGCAACAUCAGCCAUUGCCGCCGCUGCAAAUCGAAAAGCCGCCAACAAAAGUGCCAAACCUUGUAGUAGCAACAGUGGCACCUCAACUGCAACAGGCCCCGCAGCAGCAUCAGCCAGCACCGCAGCAACAUCAGCAGCAGCAAACAUCGCCGGUGGUGCCGCCACAGCAGCAGCAACAGCAGCAACAACCGCCGCAGCAGACUAGCUACCAUGAUCAACAUCAUUUGCCUCAGCAGCAGCAGCAGCAACCGCAGCAGCCACAGCGCAAGCCUUCGCAGCAAUACAAUCAAUCGCAGCAGCAACAGGUGCGUCGCAAGUACUCCUCGGAGUACAACCACCAUCACCACCAGCACGGCAGCAGCGAUACAGGCAUCCAGACUACCAAGACCAUGUCCUGGACCAACUCCGCCCAGCACAAAAAGUCCACGCAAUCGGUUUCCGUCACUGCUUCGCCCAACAACGUAAACAAUGGAUCGGGUGGCGUAAGUGUUGCAAGUGGACCGGCUGGAAAACCCAACUACAGUCACUCCACAAAGACGUUUACCAACCAGCAGCACUACCAGCAGCAGCAGCAACACUACCAGAACCAGAACAACUAUAACAACAACAGUGGCGGCAGCGGCGGCCACAACAGCACCAGCAACAGCAUCUCGAGCAGCGGCAACAAUCAGCCCCAGGUGCGCAACUAUGGCACCAUGAAGGUGCCCUCGUCGCCGGUGGCCAGCACAGCUCCAACGCUGGAGCGUAAAAACAGCCAACAGGCAGCAGCAACCCCGGCAACAGCAUCAGCAGCAACUGCAACGCCAGUGGCAAUCACAACAGCAACUACCUCAACGGCCAGCAUUACGGCUACCCCCAAUCAAUUCCAACAGGAGACGAGCAACAACAGUGCAGCACCAGUGGUCAGUGCCCCGCAGCAACAGCAGCCCGCACCGCAGCAACAUGUCACAUCCGCACCGCCAGCGGCAGCAGCACCAACGAAGUCGUACAGCAACUAUGCUGCUAAGAAGCACCAGAGCUAUGAGCCAGUGGUCCUAAGCUCCGUGGUGGCCUCCAGUUCGACGGCCAACCAGCAACCCCAGCUGAAUCUUGCCCCUCCUGCUCCGCCAGCUUCGCAGAACAGCAGCGACAGUGCCCAGCUCUCGUGGGCCAGUUUGUUCGCCAGCAACAAGCCUGUGGCCAAGGUGGCGCCCUAUGAGGCCUGCAAGCCUCAGCAGCAACCGCAACCCCAUCCAGUGCUCCAAUUGGCUCCUCCGCAGCCAGCUCUAGUAACAGCUGCUGCUCCGGCUGUCCAACUGGCAGCGCCGCCUCAAAAUUUGCCCCUGCCCACGGCUCACCAGCAAUCGCAGUUGCCAGCUCCAGUUCCGGCGCCCACGACUCCGCUGAUCACCCCCGGAGCGCUUUCCUAUUCCGCGGCAUCUGCUCAGGCAGUUCCUGCUCCCAGUCCCGCCUCAGCAUCCGUCAAGCCUCUGAAGCCGGAGCCACCUCGUGCGGUGCAGCAACAUCUGGAUGAGUGGACCAACAAGUACGCCGAGUACCUGACGCGCCACAAGACCAACCUGGCGCCGAUCAGUCUGCGACCCCGGGGACUGACCAACAGGUCCAACUACUGCUACAUCAACUCGAUUCUGCAGGCUCUGCUCGGCUGCUCGCCGUUCUACAACCUGCUGCGCUCCAUUCCCAAGCAGGCGGCUGUCCUGAGCGAGGUCAAAACGCCCACUGUGAACGCUAUGAUGUCCUUUAUGACCAACUUUUCAUCGCUGCCUAGCGGCCUGCGCCUGCGCCUGAACAACCUCAACAAAGGAUCCCAAAGCAAGGGCAAGGACGAGUUUGUGGGCUCUGAUUUGCAGUGCGACAUGGCCUUCGAGCCCACAGAGAUCUACAAGUUAUGGAACGACAGUCGCGAGGAGCACGUCGAGGGUCGCCAGGAAGACGCCGAGGAAUUCCUGGGCUAUGUGCUCAACAAGCUGAACGAUGAGAUGCUGGAGGUCAUUAAACUAAUUGACAAACCCACAACCCAACAAAAUGGCCAGGAGCCCGCUGAGCCAGAAGACGGCGGCGACGUCUGGCAGAUGAUUUGCAACAACCGCAACAAGGGCAGUGUCACCCGCCAAACUGACUUUGGGCGCACGCCCAUAAGCGAGAUCUUCCGGGGAGAACUGCGUUCCCGGCUGCAACGCGAAGGAGAGCACUCCACGGAUGUCAUUCAGCCCUUCUUUACGCUUCAAUUGAACAUCGAAAAAGCUGCCUCCGUGAAGGAAGCACUGGAGAUCCUGGUGGGUCGUGAUCAGCUGGAGGGGGUCACCGGCAGCAAGACCAAGCAGGAGGUGGUUGCCUGGCAGCAGAUGACGCUGGAGAAGCUGCCCGUCGUCCUCAUAUUGCAUUUAAAGUACUUUGACUACCGGUCCGAUGGGUGCACAAAGAUCUUGAAGAAGGUGGAGUUCCCCGUGGAGCUCAAGAUCGAUGCCAAAAUCCUCGGCUCGAAGAAGACGUCGCAGAAGCAACGCGCCUAUCGCUUGUUUGCGGUGGUGUACCACGAUGGAAAGGAGGCCUCUAAGGGCCACUACAUCACGGACGUGUUCCACACGGGCUACAGCAGCUGGUUGCGCUACGACGACAGCUCGGUGAAGCCGGUCAGCGAAAAGCACGUCCUCCAGCCGCACACCCCGCGGGUGCCUUACCUCCUUUACUACCGCCGCUCCGACACCCUGCCGCCGCAGCAGCAGCAGUCCCAGCAGCAAACCGCCAACGGCGGAGGAUCGGGCGGAGCGGUAGGCAGCAGCUCCUCCUCGUCGAAUGCCGGGGACAAUAAGUGAAGGGCUAAUGUAAAAAUGCAUCAGAACUUUAAGUGCUAGCGAUAGACUACAUCUAAUCUUAUGUGUCAGAGCGUGUGAGCGUGAGUGCGAGUUUGAGAGUUCGGUUUUAUAUGCAUAUACGUAUACAAAUUAACAAUUACAUAUAUUCGAGCGGUAAAUAUUUAAGCCCAAAGUCCAAAGCGCAUGUCCGUGUGUCAGAGUGCGAUUGUGUGAAAAGGAAAUUAGCUCUAAGCUAGACUAGAAUUAAGCUUGGGCAGAAACGUAGGCGUAAGCAGAAACAAAACUCGUUGGAACGAAAGCAUUGUACAAAGAGUGGGCAGAUCGAAGGGCUCUGUAAACUAAACAGCGAGAAUUACCAUAUAACCUAGUGCUAAAUCUACAAACUCCCCAUUUAUCUGUGGCACAAAAAGCUCUCCCAGCCGUUAAGCGUAGUGAGUGUUAGGAACAUACCCCAAAUAUACCGGAAUUCUUCUCGAUAUGUUAUGACAAACGCUUAGAGCUGUAAAUAUACACAAAUAUCAUAUAUUGUAGUUGAUCAGUUUCGCGGGAUGCAGCAUGCAUUUAAACAAAACAACCCAGCAACAAUAUAUCGAAUGCUUUGAAUAUGCUUUAAAGAAAUAUACAUUUAGAACCAAGGUCUUUUCGACACAAAGAGUAAACACGGGCAGUGGUGGUCGCAGUAAUGGCCGCAAAAUCUCAAAAUCUGCAAGCCAAAUUGAGUUACUUUGAGUGUGGUCUGUAAGACCGAAAUCGGGUAGAAUCUUUUUUACUAAAAUAUUUUUUGCUCAGGUCGAAGAUGGCAGUUUUAGCAUGAUCAGCGGCCAAUAUGUUAAUGAAAUAAUAAUUAUAUCCUUUAAGGCUAUUACUCAGACCACAUCUGUGCAUUGCAUUAUUUCGUACAUGUUUGUAAGCAGCUAAAUAAGUUAAAAUCGCGUUCAUUUGUAAUUUAUUUUAUAUGUUGUUUAGUUUUACAUGCAAUCAGUUAGGAGGGCAGAUUCAUAUAUAUUUACGAAACUUGUUAUUCAUAGUUAGUGAAACUUUUUUGGGGUUGUCCCUGACUUGGAUUCGUUGUUUGCCUUCAUGAUAUUCGAGUUCUUCAUACCUUACUUUUUCUAGGUCUAGAGCAUUAGUUUGUACGUCACGUUAGAGAAUUGUGUUGGGAUUGAAACAGAAGAUUUGAAAGGGAAAAAUAAUUGUAUGUAAUCGGGUCAGAACUAAAACUAAUCAAUCAUACUAGUUGAUAGCUAUCUAACAAACGUAUACACCCAUAUAUAUUUUAUAGGAUAUAAACGCAUAUAUAUUAUUUAUAGAUAUCGUGCCAAUGUUAAAACAUCUAAACAUUAAAAAAAAAGAGGAAUUUGAGUAAGGAAAGCUAGUAACUUGUCAAUGCUUUGUAUAGUCAGCGGCAGAGCAAGAAUGGAAUAUAUAUGUACGGUUAACUAACCAAUUCAAUCAUCUGUUUGGGGACUAGACUUUUCAGACUAAGUAAAAUGCAUUGCAUACUUUUAGACAACCGUGCUUUGAUUUUUGGGAGUUUGAAAAUUUUAGAAAUCUCCAUGGAUCAUUGAUAGAAGGCUGCUCCCACAGAAGAAGUACUCGUUCUCAAAUGGAUUGCAAUUAGCAGUCUAUUUAAGUAAGAGGGAAAUCCGAAAAAAUUCUUAAGCUAAUCGUAUACUAGAGGAAGGCAUUGACAUAUAUGAGGUAUAUUACGAAUAGGACACAAAAGCGAAACCAUAAAUAUAAAUCUACACAUAUAUUUUGAUGUUAUACAAAUAUGAACUAAUUAUAAGUGAAAUUAUAGGAAAACAUUUUUAUAGAAACUUGUGCGCGUCUGCGUUUUGCUAGUUACAAAUAGGUUCCUAAAACUACGAAAAAGCAAAAAAAAAAAAAUACAAACAAAAAUCUAUACAACUACAAAUAGUAACGAAAUGUUGAAGCAAAGGAAUAUUAAAAAACAAUAAUAUUAAUACUGAUAUAUGUAGUCUAAAGCCAAGCUAAAAUCGUAAACAGUAACAUUAAAAUGGAAGAAAAAACAUACAAUACAUAUAAAUUUAUAAAUCCAAUUUAUACAAAACCGAAGCAAAGCGGAGAAGAUAGAGAGUUGAUUUACCAUUAACAAAUAUUUUUGCAAGCGAAAUUAGAAUGUCAAACAUAAACGGAAGAAGCAAGUAGGAUUAACAAUAUAACUAAAGACGUAACUUGUAACAUUAUCCCUUAUAUGCAUAUAUUAUUUUUUUUGUCAUGAUUGUUAUAUAUGAUUAUGGAAUACUCCAACAAAUUGUUUAUUCAUAUUUUAAAUCUAUUUUACCAACUAUACCAGCACCUAUUGUUAUGUCCAGUCCGGAGAGUGUGUUUUAAAGCUAUUUUGAGAACGGAAUCGAAAACUGAAUUUAUUUCUAUCUACCAUAACCAUAACCAUGUAUCUUUUAUUUUUUGUUAGCCUCUAACUGCCUAAUGGCCUUAAAACGCACUGUACCAUGUCCUAGUUUUUGUCUAACCAAUCGCGAUUUUUCUUAUACCUUUUGAUAAUUUUGUAACAUCCUUUUGGCAUUUUGUUGUCCCCGUCUAUGUAUGUUUUAGAUUUUAAGUAGUUUCUAAGGCUGUGUAACUAACUAAGCAUAAGUAUCGACACUUUUUGCGUAUGGCCAGGUGUGGAGAGGGAUCUUUAUUGCCCGGUCCCGAACCCGAUCGUUGUUUGAGUUUGCCGGACAAUUUUUGUUUAUUUUGCAACCUUUUCCUACUUUUGAGGCCUCCGGCCAGAGGCUCCUCCGAUAAACAGAAAUUGGCAAGUGCACUUACUAAACGUAUAACGAUAUAACGAGGAUUAGCGUGUAGUCGGGGAGAAUCGGAAUAAUAGAGCAGCUCUAAGUACGUUUAGCCAGCAGACAAACUAAUAUUAGCGUUUUGUAACCAAGUUUUCUAAGGCGACAGUGGAGACGGCCAAUAAAGCGAAAGAUGUAACAAGAAACUAGAUGUUUAACAGGUCGAAAUGAUUAACAAGACACACUGAAGCGAAUUAAUUAGUCCACAUUUAGUCUAAUGAAACCAUGCUAAAGUAAAUCUACAAACUAAAGCGAAUUCAGUUGUACUACGUAAAUAUAACAAACGGAUAAUAUUGUACCAUGGAAAUCUAAAACAUAAACAAACGAAAUGAAAUGAAACAUUAUCUAGCAAUAAAAUAAACGAGUGAUUUCAUUGCCACAA